AUGGCCGUCCGACCUAUCUCAUCAACGGAGACACUCCUGGGCCCGUACUCACCGUUGAAGAAGGAGAAACCCUCGAAGCAUUCGUGGACAACCAACUGCCAAUUGAAACCACUAUUCACUGGUACUCUCUUGUGGAACCCAUUCUUCUGGGCCACCGAGCCCAGAGACAACUACACCUAUAGAUUCACACCUGAAGGGCAGUAUGGAAGCUACUUCUACCAUGGGCACUUUGGCCCCGCCUUCUCUGAUGGCCAAAGGGGUCCGAUCUGGAUUGUGCCAGCUGCCUGGCGUCCUCGACCGUACCAUCUCAUAUCUGACAAUGAGCACGAUGUCCGGGCCAUGCGAGCAGCAGAGAGCAAUCCACGACACGUCAUAGUUGCCGACUGGAAUGAUCAGCCGAUGGACAUGUAUCUCAUCCGCUUCCGUGACACCGGAUAUAUCCCAAUAUGUGCCAACAGUCUGACUCUCAACGGGAGGGGUGGCACGCGAUGCGAGUCUGCUCGUGAUCUCGAAGAUGCUGGUGGACCUGGACGCAAUGAGAGGGGCUGCCGCUACCUAAUCCCUGGCCAUGAAUACACCAACCCCGAAUACUGCACCGAGACACACCCGGAACUGGAAGUCAUCCAAGCUGAUUCAGGGGAAGAAUGGAUCUGGAUCAAUUUCAUCCACUCUGGUGCCCAUCAUUCCCUGGCUAUCAGUAUCGAUGAGCACGAAUUCUGGGUUGUAGGGGCCGAUGGAGAAUUUGUACAUCCGCAAAGGGUGGUAAGGACUCAUGUCAAUCUCGGCGAAAGAACGAGCAUUCUGGUCAAAUUGGACAAGUCUGCCGGAGACUAUGCGUUGAGACUGCAUUCUCUGCGGUCUGAGCAAAUGAUCCAGGGAGCCGGUGUUUUGCGCUACGCCACAACGAAGGAUCUAUCAAAGACGUCGAAUCGAACAGUUCCCAGGACCAAACCGUGGCUACAUCUCAAUGGCAGUCUUGUGAACCCUGCAAACAAGGUCAUGGAAGAAACCAGGCUAUCUCCAUUCCCACCUCGACCGCCCCCUCCGAAAGCGGAUUUCACUCUCAAAUUCACAGUCAACAACACGGGGCCAUCGACAUGGGUCCUCAAUGCAGCACCACAUGAGUUCUUCCGUCAGAAUGUCCCUCCCAUUUUAUGGAACGAAAAGUCCCGCGGCAAGACGUCAUGGGGGAAUCCACAUGGAUUUCUCAAAAACGGAUCCAUCGUCGAUUUGAUCAUUGAGAAUGGAGCCAAAGUCGAUGCCAGCCACCCUUUCCACAAGCACAACCACAAGGUCUUCAUCAUCGGACAGGGGCAAGGCGGCUUUCCUUGGAAAGAUGUCGACGACGCCAUUAAGCACGGGGGCGGAAAAUACUUCAACAUAGAUAAUCCGCCUUACCGAGACGGAUUUACUUUGCAAGCGGGGGAAGGGAAGUUUGUCGUAGUCCGCUACAAGAUUUACUUUCCUGCUGUUAGCAUGCUGCAUUGUCACAUGAUCCAUCAUUUCGCGAGCGGCCAACAGGUUAUCCUGCUGGAGGGAAUGGAGGUCAUGCCUCCAGUGCCAGAGGAGUUGAAGAACAAACCUCAUGUGGAGUUUCAGAUGCCUCCGCGGUACGGGCCGCUGGACUGA